AGUUACAGUGCAGCUGCGAAGGGGAGGCAGGCGAGACACAUGAGACAAAAACAAAGAACGACUAACUGGAGAAAGAGACUCGGGUAUGAGUGCUUAUGAAGAUGAGUUAAAAAGCACACAGCAGGAGGAGUGUAGGGAAAAGGAAGGAGAGAGAGAGAGAGAGGGAGAGAGAGAGGAUGACGCUCCAGUAGAAGGUGGCUGCAGUAGGCAGUGGGCGUGUUCUUGUUGUUGUGAUCUAUAGUUGGGAAGCCCGGUGUCAUCUGCUUAAGCACAGACCAACUGUACAGACCUGUGCGGACGAGCGGGGCAGAGGAAACCGGCAGGGAAUGCCAUCCCUGGACACGCACACCACUCUGCUUUACCUCACUGGCACUGUGGAUUCUUUGUACCUGUGCGACACUCUGAGACAUUUUGUGCAUUUGGACAUAUCAAAGCAGAAGGAGAGACAAUCUGGGAAAGAAGAAGCAUUAGAGAGACUGAGCGCCUGGUCUGCAACUGCAAAGGGGAGUUUGAUGUGAGAGCAUUUGAGAGUGUGUGUUUGUGUCAUGCUUGCGGUUGCGGGUGCGGUCUGUUGCUACGCUGCGUCUCCCUUCUUCUGUCUCUAGCAUGUGCAGAUGUGUGGAGCAGUGAAGCUGGCACCUGGCUAGGAGUUUGGCACCAUCUGGACUGGAGGGGUCGCAUCUCCCUUUUCUGCCCAGGGGGAGGGAGUGUUGGGCCGGGCACCCAAUGGCCCAGCUCCCCUCUAGCACCAGCCUUAUCCUGGGUCACAGGGACUCCUUCUAGCAAGUCAAUCAGUUGGAACGUACAAUGGAUGGAAGUCUAUGUGGAUUUAAGUGGAUUAGUGCAUGGGUGCUCCAGCAUAGGUCAGAGUUCACUAGUGUGCACUGGACUCAUCAGGGGAAGACGGAAGACACGUUGGUCCACAAACCAGCAGGGACACAGCCCCAUUAAUGCUGUGGAAACACUUGAAGAAUGAUGAGCUCCAAAGAGGAGGAAACUCUCCGUUUUUUCCAGUAUGUUGAGGAGAAUGGGCUGAGAGCCUACAACGGCCUGGUAGCACAGAACUUGGACCACGCCAGGAAUGAGAGAAAUAGGACAUUCCUGCAGGAGAAAAACGACAAGAAGAGAAAACAGGAGGAAGCCAUAAGGAGGACAGGUGAGGACAUCGCAACUGAAGGCAAGCACUUACGAAUGGGCUCCAUCACCAUGCCGGACCCCCAGGAACGCAUGCCCAUGCCCCACCCGCACGCCCUCGCCUGCGGGCAGGGCUUCUCCGUACGCUCCCAGUCCCUCCACUCUGUCGGCGGUGGGAACAGUGGUGGCGGAGGAGAGGAGGAAGUGGGAAGCCCGACCUCUAGGAAGCAACCCCCACCCAAGCCCAGGAGGGACCCAGCCACGAAGCUGAGCAUGUCGUCUGAGGCGGUGGACCACAGUCCCACGUCCACCUGCCGCGGGGAGAGAUGUGACGCAGCUCAAGGAUGCAGUGAGGACUGCAGGAGGGUGCCGCCACCCAAACCUAAGAGGAACCCCAACACACAACUGAGUGUUUCCUUCGAUGAGUCCUACAUCAAGAGCCACGGAGGCGGCGGUGUUUGCCCCUCCAGACCCUCCCCCUGCGAACGUAACGCCUCGCCUCCACAGAGCGACGAGAGCCCUACGGACGACUGUGAAGAUGAACCUGUCUACAUAGAAAUGGGUGGGAUUGACGUCGGAGCAAGGGAACCCUUGAAGAGUGAGGAUGAGGAACCAGGAGAGUCUGUGUACGAGGAGAUGAAGUACCCAGCUCUGGAUGAUAUGGAGUACCGCACUGACCCUGUGGGAUGUCGCUCCGCGUGCCCCACCCCGGCACCCUAUGACCCUGAACCUCUCAGUCGUUGCUCCACACCUCGAAACAUUCCACUCUGUGACAUUCCUGCACCCUUUCCCAAUCUGCUCACCCAUCGGCCUCCGCUGCUGGUGUUCCCACCAGCGCCGGCCCAGUGCUCGCCCAACUCGGACGAGUCUCCCCUCACCCCUCUAGAUGUAGCCAAAUUGCCCAUGCUGGAGAAUCAAUCCUACAGCAAAUCUCCAACAUCCUCCACUGAGCCACCCUCCUCUGCACACAUCCGCAGGGAGCUCACUGCCACCCCAACCCUCACCGUCUCCGGCCGCUCCUCUGCACCUCCUCUACCUUGUACCCUCUACAAAUCCUCCUCCUCGACCUCCUAUCAGCGCAGCCACUCUGCUUGCCCAUCGCCAGUCAGCAUGGGCCGCUGUCUCACCCCUCUCAGCCUCAUGCGUACACCUCCCUUUGACGCUCCAAUGCCAUUCCCCGGGGGUCUGCCACGGAGCGCCUCUGCCACGCCUCAUGGCAAAGGCUCGCCACCUCAAGACGGUGUGGGUCGACACCAUGGCUCUAUGCAGAAUGUGUCAACAGGGCGUUCACGGACACCAACCAGCCCACUGGACGAACUAACCAACCUGUUCACAACUGGCAGGAACAUGCUAAAGAAAAAUGCCAGCGGUAGGAAGUCGAAAGAGCCGGGAGAGACUGAGUCCAAAAGCAAGUCUCACAGCGAGUCCAAGCGUGAGGGUAAGGAGCGCCACAGCCACAGUCACAGCAAGGAGUCCAAGCGGGACUCCAAGGAUCGCCACAGCAAAGAGUCUUCUCACCGGAGAGAUAGAGACAAAGACAAAGACAAAGACAGAGACAAAGAUAAAGACAGAGACAAAGAUAAAGAAAGGGGGAGCAGCAACGUAGAGCCACUGCCCCACAGACGCAACAGUAAAGACCGUACUUACAGCGGUGCAGAUGCACCACCUGUUCGCAGGGAUAGCAGGGACCAGGGCUGCAGCAGUGUGGAGCCCAUCCCAUUGAUAAGAAGAGACUCCAAGGACAGGGGGCUUAGCAAUGGUGACCUGAUGCUGAGGAGAGACAGCAAAGAUCGGGGAGGGGGACAUGGAAUGGAGCCUUUGUUGAGACAGGACAGCAAAGACAGAGAGAGACUGCUAGAUCAGCCGCCUGAGCUGUUACCAAGACAAGACAGCAAGGAACGGGCAAGAAACGGUGUAGACUGUAGACCUGAGAGCAGAGACAGACUGCUGGAUCAGCCACCUGAACUCUUACCGCGACAGGAUAGCAAAGAGAGGGCCAGGAACGGUGUGGACUCAAAGCAUGAAAGCAGAGACAGGCCGCCUGAGCUUCUCCCCCGACAAGAGAACAAAGACAGAGCUAGAACUGGAACAGAAUACAGGCAUGACAGCAAAGACCACCGUCCUGAUUUGUUACCCCAACAGGAUAACAAAGAGAGAGCAAGAAACGACGUAGAACAUAGGCAUGAAGGUAGAAUAGACCAGCCGCCUGAGAUCUUACCCCGACAAGAAACAUCCAGAAGCAGCAACAGCAAGGACAGGGUGGGCUACAGCUCUGAAUCCAAGCAUGAAGGGAGAGAUCGGAGCUGCUACAACGGGGGAGAUCUCCCUCCUCCUCCUCUGCCCAGGCAGGACAGUAAAGACCUGAGCAGGACUGGACUCGAAGCGAGACGGGACAGCAAGGACAGAAGCCUGAAUGGCUCAGAGCAGCAUCAUUACGAUGUCAAGAGCACCAAGAGCCCGUCUGCAAUGGAGUAUAGGUGUGAUAGUAAAGAACGUGGAUACAGAUCAGAUGGCACACCCAGACGAGACAACAGAGCCAAUUACAGCACCGAUCAAUCAAAAGCACAAGAAAGGAAUGGCAGCACAGUGUCGGGGCAGCACUCAUCCACGACGACACCUACUCACCACAGGAGAUCAUCUGGUAGCCCACCGACGACCAUGGGAACAGGAAAUGAUCUGAAAGCAGCAGCUAAAUACGGCCGCUCACCUUCUAUGCCUGCAAACCCGUCCCCGAUGGGAACGCCACAAAGGAAAGCAGCUGAGACACAUCAGAGUCAGAUGCCCCAGAUGCCAUGGAUCUGCGGAGACACCACCAUGCUGGAACAGAUCGAGAGGAAACGCACCCUCUGCAUGGAGAUCCGCUCCAGGCAACAUCCGCACCUGCAGAGGUCUCUGGAGAGGCCUCCUCCUCUGGACAGGAACGAGGAGCGGCACCAGGAGAGGAGUCAGUGCAAGCAAGAAAGUGCAUCCGUCCUCCCAGGCUGGGGGAAAAGCAGCGGGGCCAAAAAGAUCCGUCCUCCCCCUUACCCUACACAGAAAACCGUAUUCUGGGACACGGCCAUCUGACAGUAACGACACACUUACACCUCCCUGCCACACAACCCUGAAUUACCCACUCCCUCUUUCCUCUGGGUUGUGCUGAUUCUUCCCUGCAACAUCAGGGGCAUCAGGACAGCCAAUAAGAGCACUGGGGGGAUGAUACUCGCUGAUGUCAAAGGACAGUGGUGGUUACCAUAGCAAUAUUUCUGCUCGUUCAGGUUGUCAUGUUUUCUUAUCAUCACUGGUGAUAUUUGAUAUUUUUCUAUUUCCUGUGACUGGAUUCUUGUAAUAUAAUUAGUAGAAUAGAUAUUUGAUGAAUAGAUAUUUUCUAAAUGAGAUGGGGAUUAAAAAGCAUCUUAAAUUAUGUAUAGUAGAUGUAGAUGCAAUCUAAUGUUUGUUUUGUUAUUUUUGUUUUGGUUACUUUACAUUUGAAAGCAUAAUCUAUCAAUACUUGUACUGUAGUAGCAUAAUUUUCUUAUGCCCAACUCUUUUUUUUUGGGUGCUCAAAAGCACUAAAAUGAAUGGACUCUUCAAUUCUGUCUAUAUAUACUUUACAUUUUCACUGUUGUAUUGUAAGUUGAGGAGUUAACGUCAACGUGCUUUAGAUUCCAGCGCCCUCCAUGCCUGGUCCAGUACAGUAUGUUCUAGAAUGUACAACAGUCGGUCCUAGAACAGAAACAGGAAACUUUGUGUGCUUCAGUUUGUAUAUUACAGUAAGAAGCUGUGUAGUCACGACGUCAAAGCCUUUCGAAGCGGUUGAAUCGUUUUAUAGGGAAACCUGUUGGCUGGCAUGUUGUAGAGAACAGAGAAAGUGUGAAACGCUGUAUUCUAAGAUACACUAUGAGGGUGGGUCGGGGAGGUAGUAAAUUAGAACAUACAUUAUUAACAGUAUAAUUUCCAAAACCAGCCAAAGCCUGUCAAAGCGAGAUAUGGGUGUGGUUGCACUUUGGAACGGUUGGUUAUUUGAAAUGGGAUUGGUGGCAAUAGCUGGCGAGCACUAGCGCCCUUACUUUGCCGGCCAUGCACACUGCGAGCACCAUGACAAAGUGUAAAUACUUGAUGCCAACGACCAGCCCGUACAAUCAACGCCUGAGCUUUUAGAAACAUUUCUUAAUUUUACUGCAGAUUAUAAUAGCCAUAUGCACUUGCUUAAGAAAUAACUUUCAAGAUUAUGCUUAUAUAUAUAUUUUUGAAAAUGUUAAAGGUAGCUGUGCCAUGUAAGUUUUUAAUUUAUUGGCGGGGAGGUAAAGCCUCAGGAGGCUGGCUGUGUGUGACAUGCAGCAGGCUGUUCUCAUGCACUGUUCGUACGUUUUCCUAUGAAAAGUGAUGCACCGAAAUUCGUACAUAUCUCGCGUAAUCAUGAGUCAGUAAUUUGUGUAUGACCCCUGAUUGAUAGCGUGACCAAUGGGGGGACGGGAGUAAAGAAUGGGUCCUGUAGGUAGGCAGGUUAGGGUGGUGGAUGGGUCACAAAACACAGGACUUUCCUCCUGGAGACUGGUGUUCAGAACAGUGUGAACUCUAAGUGAACUUUUACCCCUUUUCUACUAACAAGGAACCGGUUCUGUUGCGGUUCCCACGUCUAAUUUUGAUCCGUUCACAGCCUUUGGACAAAAAGUAAAUUGGUUUAGAACCCGAAAAGUUGGUUCUCAGCUGUAACCAAGAAAUACGUUUCCCUUGCCUGAAGGUGCAGACCGUGACAACCUCAGUAGGCCACUGUUACAGCAGAACAAAAGUUUGCAGGUAAUCAGUGUAAUCCAUGAUUCUGCCACAGCUGUUUACUUCUGUUCAUCGUGCAACACCCUGCGUUGAUGAAAAAUCCUUGAUCACAGUGGCUUCGCGCAGAACUGGUGCAAACGUGGGCUGAUUAGCUAGAUAGCAUCAAGGUUCCAAGAAUCCUGACAGAACCAGCUCAAGAACCAGAGCUAACGUGGUGGAAAGGGGGUGUCUGAGUCGACUCCGUGUUUUGUUUCCUAAACCUAACCUACGUAACGUUACGUUAAGUGCAUAACAUCAUUCAUGGGGUGCUAAUUUACAGGAUUUCACACAAUCUGUUGUGUGUGUACAUUCGCAGGAUAUCAUACGAACUGUUGUAUGAGGAUACGUUGCACGCAGUCAUCUAUGACUGGUUGUCUCUGACAAUAUUCCCAAUUCAAUUGGCUGGUAACCAUUUUAGAAAUCGUUUAAGGACCUAUAGCAUGGCAACAGCUCUACCCAGUCAAACUGACAGGGGUUGCACAACGGCCUACAAAUCUGAGGCUUUGUGUAAAAAAAAAAAAAAAAAAAAAAAAAAAAAA